CCCAAUGCCAUGGCUGGCUGGCUGGCUGGCUGGCUGGCUGGCCCAGAAGUAUCUCGGCCAAGUGCAACGCAACACCUCGGCGGGGCUCUCAUCUCUGGCCAGCUCCUCAAGUAUUGUACCUCCCGCCCUCGUACAGCCUGAGCGGAACUCUGGACUCGCUACGGCCAAGUCGCUGGCCAAGUGAUGUGGCAGCCAUCUCGAGCGGUCUGGCAAGGGUGUGGCUGCAGAGCGUCUGGUCCAUGUCAUUGGCAGGCGGCAGCGGUGGUGUGUUCAGCCAGCCAGACUGCACCCCGGCGAGCGAUGGGGUGUGUGCGCGGUCUCAGCUUCGGGCACCGAUGCAGACGGACGCAUUUGCACAUAUCCACCGCCGCAUCAUGCACCAUGCAGGCGCCGAUUGCAUGGGAAUCACCCAAUAUCACCCAUGCAUGUCCGGAAAGACGAGAAGGAACAAUAGGACAGCAGCCUGCUGCAAGCUCAGUGGCUGCCGUCACGAAAUUGCAAUGACCGAGUGCUCGAGUUCUUCGUCCUCAAUGACGUAUCAAUACCCUGCUGUCAACUCAGUCUCAAGUAAACAGACUUGGCUCUAUAAAUGUCGAGAGUGCAACUUCCUGUGACCAUCUAC